UCUCGGUCCAAGCAGCACGCAGUCUCCGAUAAAGAUUCCUUUAGCCAUAAUGACCUCGUUGCGACUCCUGGUCGUGCUCUUCUUGCUGGCGGUGACCAAAAUUCAAGCGUCUAACCUCCGGAACGGCGACAGCUCCGUCCCGGUCCGAACCGUCUCCGACACCACCGGCAGUUCAUCCGACAGCUCCGAGCAUAGUUCUGACAUCGUCACACAGGACUCGCCUUCCGUAUCCAGCACUUCCCAAGAAUCAACCGAUGGCAAGAACAUCGUAGUGGAGGAAGAGAUCGACGGCGUCAGGGCGUGGGCGCAGUGCGGCGGACUGUAUUAUCUAGGCAAGACCAAGUGCCAGCAGCACACCUUCUGCAAGCAGUUGAGCGAGUUCAUCUCGGUCUGCUUCCCGGAGUUGAGACCCACGGAAAAAGUCAUUCGACUGGAGCUCUAGCGAUUCCGUCCUUAGCAUAGCUAGUGGUGAUAUGAAGUUAUGAAGUGACUAUUCCUAAUGUUAUUGAAGG